AUGUCCGAAUUUAUCAACGAGAACCCUGAUGUCAUAGAGAUCGAUGAUUUACCAUCAAGAAAAGAAGAUGUAUCAAGAGACAUCUUACUUGGUAGUGUUGGAAACGAGAUGACUUUGCAAAGAAAGAAGUUAUUAUUGUCCAUAGAUGACUCCAAGUCAAAGGUAUUACAAAACCUUGAGUUAUUAGACAAGCUGUUGCUAAUAAAUCCUCCUGAGCUAACCUCUGAUGAAGAAUCCAUAGAAGAAUCCGAUGAUGAAGAAUUAAAUGCUGAGGGUCCAACCGAUGUAGUUGAUGCCCAAGAAAUUUAUGAUCUGACGGCACAUAUUUCAGAUCCUGAACAUCCUUUAAGCUUAGGUCAGCUUUCGAUUGUCAACUUAUCAGAUAUUGAAGUUCAUGAUUGCGGUGACCCAAAAAAAAUGGCAGAAGUUGUUAUUAGAAUCACACCAACCAUUACUCAUUGUUCGUUAGCAACUCUGAUUGGAUUGGGAAUACGAGUACGUUUAGAGAGAUCACUCCCUCCAAGAUACAGAAUCACGAUUCUCCUAAAGGAAGGUACACACAAUAGUGAAAAUCAAGUCAAUAAGCAAUUAAAUGAUAAAGAACGUGUUGCUGCUGCAUGUGAAAAUGAACAAUUAUUGGGUGUGGUAUCAAAAAUGUUAUUAACCUGUUUGUAG